UUUAAUGAGGUGAUUACGUAAUGUAUUUUUUUAGAUUUUAGAUGACAUAAUCGGUCUAAUCCAAGUAAACAAGUUUUUUCGGGCAAUCAUAUUAUUUUCGUUUCGGUUUCUUGCAAUCAUUACGCUCAAGUUUUUAUUUUUCUUGUAAACACGCACCUGCGCAACAACCAGUUGCUUUUAUAAAUUCCUAACCAGGAUUUUGAAUUGAUUAUUCCGUCCAAAAGCAAAGUAAACAUUCAAUAAUUGAUAUUAAAAUAGUAGAAUCCAAUUUGUCUCUGCAUAGGAACAUUUUAUUAACACAGACUGAUAGACCUGUACUAAAAGGCCCAUGAGAAAAAGAUUCUGACCACAACAGUCGGUGAAACAUGAUGGCAAAUGAAGCCAUGGAGUUGGAAACAGCCGAAGAUCCUGAUAAUUAUUAUGCCAGACUAGGAAAUUUUGAAAUCGAUAAAAAGAUAGGCAAAGGACAGUUUUCUGAAGUUUAUAGAGCAAAAUGUAAAGUAGAUCAAGAAAUCGUGGCUUUGAAGAAAGUACAGAUAUUUGAAAUGAUGGAUGCUAAAGCUAGACAAGAUUGUAUUAAAGAAAUAGAUUUACUUAAGCAACUGAACCAUGAUAAUGUUAUCAAGUAUCUAGCAUCAUUUAUAGAAAAUAAUGAAUUAAAUAUUGUAUUAGAAUUAGCUGAUGCCGGUGAUUUAUCAAGAAUGAUUAAGCAUUUUAAAAGACAAGGUCGACUUAUACCUGAGAAAACAGUGUGGAAAUAUUUUGUACAAAUCUGUAUGGCCCUUCUACACAUGCAUUCCAAACGCAUAAUGCACAGAGAUAUAAAACCGGCAAAUGUAUUUAUAACAGCUCAGGGUGUCGUUAAACUCGGUGAUUUAGGACUUGGUAGAUUCUUCAGUUCCAAAACAACAGCAGCACAUUCCUUGGUUGGCACACCAUACUACAUGUCACCAGAAAGAAUACAUGAAAAUGGCUAUAAUUUUAAAUCUGAUAUAUGGUCCCUUGGCUGUCUUCUUUAUGAGAUGGCUGCCCUCCAGUCCCCAUUCUACGGUGAUAAAAUGAAUUUAUAUUCCUUGUGUAAAAAGAUAGAACAAUGUGAUUACCCUCCUCUACCAGCAGAUAUUUAUUCAGAUGAGUUACGAGAAUUAGUGAGGAUGUGCAUUAACCCCAACCCUGAACAGAGACCUGGUAUAGAAUAUGUUUACAGUCUUGCACAGAAGAUGUAUCAACAUUUUCAAAUGGAGAAUCCUUCACCGGUUCCUCCCCCGUAACUUACACAAUUUUCUUGUUAUUAAUAUUAUUAUUAUUAUCUACUACUGUCUUGUUAAGAAGUUUUGUAACUCCAAUUUUGGUGGAUAUGUAAAGGUAUGGUGAAUAUCAUAUUGGACUAGCAACUUGGCUACAAACAAUUUCAUCUUGUUCUUCUUCUGUGGAGCGACACUGUUUGAAAAACAUAAAUGAAAAGAAAUGGGGUUUAACGUCCUACUGUUCUGCUCCGACUGGGCUAAUGAAAACAGGCAUAUAAAAAUUUUGCCCAGGCAGCAAUGCUACAGCCUACUUUUACCUCAAAUUCAAACUGCAAAGGGAUCUUUUGGUUUUGCAUCUCAUCCAAAUGACUUUAUGUUAUCCCUUGCCAGGCCCUUGGUCCUGCACCACUGACAAGGAGGAACCACGUCAGAAAAUCCCGAUGAACUUUCUCGGCCAAAGCAAGGAUUGAAAACAUGGGACCUCCAGGUUAGCGAGCCAACGUCUCACUCACUGAGCCACUGUGACUCCCCGAUCGUUCGAAAAACCACCUAGGGCCCUGCAAAUUCAUGGUUGAUUGGUGUGCUUAUUCCUUGGCCCCAAGCACUGGUCAUCUUCUUGUUCUUUGGGGAGAUGCUCUUCGAAAAAAAGCCUAAGGUCGAUCGACGUGAAUCUUGGUAUGAUUGCACCUUGGACAAUUAAACAGCGAUUCACGAAAUUCGACUUCUUAUAUGACAUCACAAUUUCAAGAUGGCAGCGAUUACAUCAUGUUCGGUUCCUGGUCCAUAGUAUGCACGUACUUGGGUUUUUUUUUAUAUCCAUAUUUCUGAAUUUAUGGGUGGCCAAGUGGUUUAAGAAGUUGGCUGAUUUCGUUUCCAUGGUUUUAUGUUACUGCCCUAAUCUCAUGUGCAUUUGCGGUUGUUCUUUCCAGCACUGUUGGGCAAGUGUUUAAACCACUGUGCAUUGCGUACACUGUGAAUUGCAUACACUGUGAAUGUCAUUAACCUACAUGUAUACAUAACCGCCAAAUUUUGAGAUACAAAAUUUGUUAAACUUGGACAGUAUUGUUUGUUUUAUGAACUAUAUGUCACUUCGUAUGACCACAGAUCUAUGCACACUUAACCACUGCUUAUAAGUCACCAUCAUGGAUCCAAUCAACUUAAUAAAUAAAUCUUUGUUGAUUGUAAACAUGAUUCUUAUCAACCUAAUAAAAUCUUUUGCAUUGUAAACUCUGCCACAAUCAUGGCUUCAAUGAUGGUAAAUGCUGCUUAUAUAAGUCACCAUCAUGAUUCUAAUGAUGGUAAACUCUGCUUACAUAAGUCACAGUUUCAGUGAUGGUAAAUGCUGCUUAUAUAAGUCAUCAUCAUGAUUCUAAUGAUGGUAAACAUUGCUUAUAUAAGUCACAAUCAUGGUUUCAUUCAAUGAUGGUAAACUCUGCUUAUAUAACUCACAUUCAUGAUUCUAAUGAUGGUAAACUCUGCUUAUAUAACUCACAUUCAUGAUUCUAAUGAUGGUAAACUCUGCUUAUAUAACUCACAUUCAUGAUUCUAAUGAUGGUAAACUCUGCUUAUAUAACUCACAUUCAUGAUUCCAAUGAUCGUAAACUCUGCUUAUAUAAGUCACAUUCAUGAUUCUAAUGAUGUUUAACAUUGCUCAAUAACUCACCAUGAUGGGAACAUAGUAGUCUUGUACGAAAUUGAAAUCGAUCUUCAGUAGAUGGGUUGAAGUGUUUCCCACAAAAAAGCUUAAAUCACUGUUACUGUAGAUGGAUCAUGAUGAUUUUAGUAUAGUGUGCUAAUACAAGUGACAAGCAAGUCAGUAAUGCAUAUUUCUUUUGCUGGAGCUCGGUUUAACACGGGCGCGUCCGAUUACAAGGUCUGUCAUUGCGUCAAGUGGCCUGCUUUUGAUUCCCCGCUUGUAUGGGACAAGGAGUAGGGUCGUCUGUCCUACUGCCUUGAUUAUCUCCGGGGUUUGAGUUAACGCGUGCAUGUUGCAUCAUAAGGUCUGUCAUUGAGUCAAGUGGCAUUGUUUCUAUUCUCUGCUUGUACUUGACAAAGAGUAAAGUCGUCUGUCCAACCUUGUGGAUUUUGUCCAGGUCCUCUGGUUUCCUCCCACUGCUAAUUAGACUCCUACGCGAAUUAUUGAAAUAAAAUUGAACCAUAUGUUUUUCCUGAAAUGACCUAGUUUGUGUCAAGUGGACUUAAACCCCAUUUCUCUCUCCCUUUUUCCUAAUAGUGUGAUUACAUUUUUACCUUUGUGAAUUGAGAUCCAUUGUCUGAUGGUGGGUCUACAGGAAUGCAAAGCAUAGUCUUUGACAAAGUUGUACAAAAUGAAAGCUUAUAAAUUUUGAGGGGGGUUGACGGCCGAAUGGCUAGCCUGUGCGCUUUGUAUCAUAAGGUCUGUCAUUGUGUUUGUUUUUGUGUUUAUGUUGUUUUGUUUUUCUCAAAAUUAAAAAGAAGAACAGCAACUGAUUUCAAACGUUUUUAAGCAUAAGAAAACAAGAUUGUUUAAUUUGUGGUCUAUGUACGAUAAAGCAAUAAUUAUACUGAUGUCCAUCAAAGGAAAAUUAGCAUUUUUUGUAUUGAUAAAAUGCUAGCAUUGAUUUAUUAUUUUAUAAAUAAAAAAAACCCAAAUAAAUUGCACAUAUAAAACUGUUGAAUACCAAUCAGAUUAAAACACAGAUCCUGUUUCGUUUCGUUUUUUAUAGUUCAAAAUUUCAUUUUACUUGUCUGUAUCUGGAAGAGUUGUUAUAUAACAGGCAUUCUAGUUGAUGUGAGGAAUUAGCCAAUGAAACGGUCAUGCGACGAGUUCUUGGCGUGCUCUGACCCCCAGAGAAACAUCAAUGCUGAUUGAUUAAUCAAUGUACAACUGGUCAAAUCUUCAUGUAGUGUAGGCCAUCGAAAGUAUAAAAAUCGAAACGAAAGGUAGAUCUGUAUUUUAAUCAGAUUGUUUGAAUACAAUAUGGAGUUAAACUUUGUCUUGCUGUGAAUUAGAAAUUGUUUAAUAUAGAUUUAAAUUAUUGUUUUUAAAUUAUAUUGUAUAUAACUAUUACUAGUCUUACUGUAUUAAUUAAUGGGGUUGGGUGAUCAAUUGAUCGAGUGGUCUUUAAAUCAUAAUAAUAGCCCGAAACACUGUUAGUUUCUCUUAGAUCAAAGUUAUUUUACUCUGUUGUAAUCUUAUUAAGGGGGUUGGGUGAUCAAGUGAUAGAAUGGUCUUUAAAUCAUGAAUAAUAGCACUAAACGGUGUUAGUAGCUCUUAGAUAAAAGAUAUUUUACUCUGUUGUAAUCUCAAUAAGGGCUUAAGUCAUGAAAAUCAGAAUUAAAAUAUUUUACGAAUAUAACCUUUCAUUGAUAAAGGACUGCAUCGUUGAAAUAUUUUUAGUGUAUAGGCCUAGAUCAAAGAUAUUUUACUUGUGUCAUAAUACCAUCAGUGGCUUAUGGCAUGAAAUUAAAACUGAAAUAUUUAACGAAUAUAAACUAUCAUUGAUAAAAAGUAUUGCAUCUUUGAAAUAUUUUGAUUUAAUUUUGUGUGAAUAGGCCUGGAUCGUAUCUGCAACAUAUACAACAUAUAUUAUACUCUUUAACCCUUUAGCACCUGGUCACGAACAGUCCAAAACAACUGGCCCCAUGUUCACAAAGCAUUCUCAGACUUCAGUUAAGAAUUUACUCAAAAUUGUUCACCUUAUUUUGUUGUUUUAAUGUAUCAAAUACACCAAUAAGAAACUAUGUGUAAAGUUUUGUGUGUAUGGAUCAAAGAUAUUUCUCAUAAACAGUGAUUGACAGUUGAGUAAAUUCUUAGCUUAAGUCUGAGAAUAAUUUGUGAACUCGAACCCUGCUCUCUCACCCUGUCACACUUCUAACGGCUAUAGUCACAGGAAUAGCUGUCACCUAUUUAAGGACUAAUUUUAUGAGGCAGUUUAGUAGUUGAGAAAAUGAGCGACAAAACCAAAUUUUAAAAGAUCACAAAAUCUAUAAUUUUGUUCAGGAAUUUGGGGUAGCCUGCUAUUUACAGGUGAUAAAGGGUUAAUCUAAAGGCGGAUUCGUUAUAGUGAUUAUAAUGAAGACCCAGAUCAAUUGUUUCAAAAAUGAUAAUACAGUAUUGACAAUUACUGUUUAAAAAUAUAUAGUAUUCUUGUUGAUAUAAAUGCACUUGUUUCUAUACAUGAACUAGAAAAUUUAUUUUACAUAUUUUAUUCUUUUAUCUUUCAAACUGCUUAUAAUUGCCAAAAAUACAUUCUCUCACUCUUUCAUUAUUCAUAGGUAUAGGAUUAAAAAACUUUAUUUAUAAAUAAAUGGAUUUGGAUUUUAGAAGCUUGUAUUUUUCCUGGAAAGACUCUUGGAUCAUUUAUUACGAGCUCUUGGAUUAUAAAUUAAGAACUUGUAUUUUCAUGGAAAGAUUCUAGGAUUAUAAAUUAAGAGCUUAAAUUUUUUCCAGGACCGAUCCUUUGAUCAUUAAUGAAGAAGUCAUAAUUUUGGAUCAUUAAAUACAUAUUCGUUCACACAUACAUAUUUGUUGUGCCAUUUUAAUAUAUAGAUCUCAAUGUUUGAAGUAUUAUGGACUUUCUAAUGCAUGUGCUAUAGAUCAUAAGGUCUAUCCUUGAGUCAAGUGGUGUGUUGUUGAUCCCAGAGUAGAGUCACCUGCCAAACUUUGUGGGGUUUCUUCUCCAUGACUUGUGAGGACCAAACUUAAUAAAUCAUAAAGUUACUCACAAUGGUGAUAUGAUAGUAUUGAUAUUAAUGUAAAAUUGCUGUUUUAGAGAAUUUAUAUUACUGUUUAUAGGUUGUGGUCACCUUGAUGCUAUGUAAACUAUAAAUUCAUAUUAAUGUUUUUUAGAUUUUGGCCACCAGAUUCUUGUGUAAACUAUAAAUUUAUAUUAAUAUCUAUUAGAGUGUGGCCACCAGGUUCUUGUGUAAACUAUAAAUUUAUAUUAAUGUCUAUUAAAUUGUGGCCACCAGGUUCCUAUAUAAACUAUAGAUUUAUAUUACUGUUUAUAGGUUGUAGUCACAUUGAUCCUAUGUAAACUAUAAAUUUAUAUUAACUUAGGUUGUGGCUACCAGGUUCCUAUAUAAACUAUAGAUUUAUAUUACUGUUUAUAGGUUGUAGUCACAUUGAUCUAUGUAAAUUACAAAUGUUUAUUAACUUAAGUUGUGGCUACCUUUAUCCUAUGUAAAAUAUAGAUUUAUAUUAAUGUCUAUUAGAUUGUGGUCAGCAGUUAGGCUCCUAUACAAACUAUACAUUUAGAAAUAUUUUAUUUGCUAUAUCCCAGUUUACCUUAAAGUAUUAAUUGGAAAUAUUUUUUGUUUGUUUUGUUCAGCAUUACAUCUUCAAACAGCUUGGCUACAAAUAACUUUCUUAUCAAAUGGAUUAUCUCUACAAAUUCUUUAAUUUCAAAUCAGAUUUUUGUUUGCUUGCUGCUUUAAAGGACAUAAUCGACAAGAGAGUCUUUGAACGAUAGCAGUUGUUUUAUAUUUUAUUCUUCAUAGAAAUGGUUUUAAAUGAGUUUUUAUUCUCUGUGAGAAAAGUUGAAAAAUAAUUCAUGUAUAUGUACAUUCCUUCUGCUGCCUAGAGCCCUGUUACACAAAGAGAACUUGAGACUUCAAAUUAAACCAUAUGUUAGUCCCAAAAUGACCUAGUUUGUGUCGAGUGGACGUUAAACCUCAUUUUUCUUUCUCUCAUAGCCAAUGAGAAGAUUACAGCUCUAUCGAAUUUUGUGCAUGUAAACUUAAGUUAGCUUUGUGCAACUGGGCCCUGAAAUACAUAAUGUAAGAAUUGUGGCUGCAGCACUGUGUAAUAAUUCCUGAAGAAUUCUUAGAUUUUUACCAUGAUUUUAUAUAAUUAAGAUGAAGAAAAGAGCUGAAUUUGGCAUAGUACAAGGACCAGAUUUAAUGACAGAUGUAUCAGGCCUUUCCUGGUAGACAACAUAUGUUUUUAGGUCCUCGCGUGUGGCCUUUGUUAGCAGUAAGGCACAUUGUUAAACAUUUAAAUUAUAAAUAUAUAUAUAUGCAUGUAUUAUAUGUGGUGUGUAAUAAUUUCUCUAGUCUCUUACUGUGAUAUUGAACUAAUCAGAAAUGACAUUUAAACAGUAGGCGAUAAACAAGUUAUUACAUAUAUGUGAUGUCAUCUGUGUCAUCAUCAUUUUUGCUUUAAUAAUAAUUAUGGCUAUUAAAUUUUUAAAUGUGCCCUGUGGUGACUGUAUUCUGAUUGGUUAGGAAUUGUAACCUACAUAUUCUAAUUGAUUAGGAGAUGUAAACUACACAUUCUGAUUGGUUAGAAGAUGUGAAAUACGUAGGAGAUCAAAAUACUUAUUCUGAUUGGUUAGGAGAUCAAAAUACUUAUUCUGAUUGGUUAGGAGAUCAAAAUACUUAUUCUGAUUGGUUAGGAGAUCAAAAUACUUAAUCUGAUUGCUUAGGAGAUCAAAAUACAUAUUCUGAUUGGUUAGGAGAUCAAAAUACUUUUUCUGAUUGGUUCAAGAAAUGAUUCCGUCCCAGCUAUUGUUUAUUUUAUUAUAAUAUUUUGUUUUAUAAAGAGCUGUGUGUAUUAUUAUAUGAAGUGAAGUUUAAUACAAUGUUUUGUCAUUGUAUAUAUACAUUCCUUUCUUAGAGACAUAGGCCACAUAAAUUUGAUUUUUAGUUCUUUGGGAACUCUUUACUUCCUAUUUGGGGGUGGGGGGGCAUUGAGUUAUUAAAUCAAGUGCCGUGACAAGGAGUAGGGUCACCUCAUGGGUUUUCUCCGGGUCCCCUAGUUUUCUCCCACUGCUAAAGACUCUGCAAAAACAAAUUAUUGAAAUAAAAUUGAACCAUGUGUUAGUCCAGAAAUAACCUAGCAUUCUCUCUCUUUCUAUUUUUUGGAAGGGGAUGGGGUAAUAAAAGAUAUUAUUGGGUUACACAUCUCAAAAGCUCUAAGCUCAAACAUUUUAGGUUUUGAUAUAUUCAGUAUAAUAAGGCCCUUUCCCAAAGACAAAGUCAGAAUUGUUUCAUGGAAACAAACAAAAUUAUUCUACUAAGAAAUUUCUAAUUAAUAGCAAAAGACAACGCUACCUUUAAAUUUUGUAAUGAUUUAAGUGUGUGGUUGCUGAGUUCUCUUCCAGAACCAAAACUGGGAUUUCAAAAAAAAAAAAAAAUCAUCAGUCUCAUGUCAUUAUAGGUUAUUUAUUAUUAAGAUCCUGAAGAACUACCAAUCAAAUUGUGUUAACCCGAGUCACAUGAUCCGAUUCCCUUAUAUAGGCUUGAGAGUCUUAUUCACCAGAUGUUAAACAUAAAUAUUUUAAGAAUGCAGCACUUCCAUUGGCCACCAUGAGCUAAAAUUUAUAUCAGGAUUUGAAAUCUCCACUAUAAUGAAAUGAGUGCAUUCUUGAAUUAUUUUAGGAUAAGUUUUCGUGAAUAAGACACCAGAUUGCAAUUUGAAAUGUUUUUAACCUACAUGUAUUUUUAUUAUUAUAACUGUAUUGUUAGUACUGUGUAGAUUUUGAUGUGUUUAAAAUGUAAUUUAUAUGAAAGAAAUCUAUUAUAGAGUUGUUAAAAUAUAGAAGAAUAUUAACACACUGUAAAUAAAACAUUAUCAACGUUA